ACUCAAAUCAAAGUAAACCGGUACAAUUGUUUUUAUGUGCAUUUUUGAUGGAACCGACGAAUAAAAAAUCCAAAAUGACGAAUAAAUAUCAUCAGAAAAACAAGAAGAAGUACUACCAGGGCAACAAGCAGGUGCUGCAGGCCGGCCAGCGCGGUUUCUUCGCCACGUGCAACAUCAAUGAGAAGGGCUGCGUGCGCGAAUGCUACAAUCUACUCAAUCACUACGCGGACAUCCUGUACGGCCCCGAGCAGCCGAAGGAGGCCGAAAAGAAGGAGUCUGAAGAGCAGAAAACUGCAGGCGAGACUGGCAAGGUCAGCGACGACGACGAUGACGACUUGGAGGCGGCUGCUGCCAAAUGCCGCGAGACUCUCACGCAGCGCAAGGUGCGCUUCCAGAACGUGGAAACCGGCACCACCAACUGCAUCUUCAUACGCACACAACUGGACGAUCCCGUGGGUCUGGGCAAGCACAUUGUCAACGAUAUAACCACCACGGGCAAGUCAAUGUCCCGCUUUGUCCUGCGCCUCGUGCCCAUUGAGGCCGUUUGCCGCGCCAAUAUGCCGGACAUCAUUGCCGCGGCCGGGCCGCUGUUUGACAAGCACUUCCUGAAGGAACCCACCAGCUAUGGCAUCAUAUUCAACCAUCGCUACAACCAGCAGAUCAAGCGCGAUCAAAUUAUACUCGAUCUGGCCGAUUUGGUCAACUCCAAGAACGUGGGCAACAAAGUGGACCUGAAGCAGGCCAAGAAAUCGAUCAUUGUGGAGGUGCUGCGCGGCUGGUGCCUGCUCAGCGUGAUUGACAACUAUCUGGAGUCCAAAAAGUACAAUCUGGCAGAGCUGGCCAACCCCAGCGAGAAGAAAUCGAAUGGCGACAAUGACAGCAAGUCUGAGGAGAAGUCUGUGGAGACUGACGCCGCCUCGCCCCCCGCUGAGCAGCAUGCUGAAUAAAAUGUUACAAAUGUUCUACUUUA